UACGGCUGCGGCGUCGCGCUGCAGACGGACCACCCCGACGUCUCCGGGUACGUCCCGCCGGAGGAGUACGAGACCAAGCGCGUUCACAGACAGCUGUACGCGUCCAUGCUGUGCUCGCGAUGUUCCGCGCUCUCCAACGGGAGGAUGAUCAACGCCGUCGCGGGCCAGGGCGGCGCGCGCGCGGACGAUUUCUCGGGCUUGAUCACCCCGGAGCAACUGCGCGAGUCGCUCGCGGUGAUACGCGCGAAAAAGGCGCUGGUCGUGGUGGACGCGACGGACUUUCACGGGUCGUUUCUCAACCGCGUGCGAGACGUCGUCGGCGCGAAUCCGAUCCUCCUCGUCCUCACGAAGAUCGAUCUUCUUCCGCGCGGGACGGACGCGGAGAAGCUCAAAGACUGGGUCUUCGAC